CGGGCGGCCGGCGGGUGGAUGCGGCAGCAGGGAGCGGCGGCAGCUGGCGGGAGCGGCUCCUCCCCCCCCGCCGCCUCCUCCGCCGGCGGCUCCCGGCAGCGUCUCUCGGGCCGGUGGCGGCCCGGCCCUGCCCCAGCAUGGCUCUCCCCGGGGCGCUCGGCGAGAUGCCGCGGCAGUUUCCCAAGCUGAACAUUUCGGAGGUUGAUGAGCACGUGCGGCUCCUGGCAGAGAAGGUGUUUGCCAAAGUUCUGCGAGAAGAAGACAGCAAAGAUGCAUUGUCACUCUUCACCGUGCCUGAAGACUGCCCUAUUGGGCAGAAGGAGGCCAAGGAGAGGGAGCUGCAGAAGGAGCUGGCAGAACAGCAGUCUGUGGAGACAGCUAAAAGGAAGAAAAGUUUCAAGAUGAUUAGAUCCCAGUCUUUGUCAUUACAAAUUCCACCUCAGGAAUGGAAAGCACCACCGGCCAAUCCCGUCCUGUCUCCUGCAACGCCAGUUCUUCCAAGUGCUUUUGUGCCAGUCCAAGUGCCAUAUGAUGUACCAGAAUUCCAGAGAGUUUCAAUUAGUGGGGACUACUGUGCAGGGGUUACAGUUGAUGACUAUGAACAAGCUGCCAAGAGCCUGGUGAAAGCUCUUCUCAUUCGAGAGAAGUACUCACGUCUUGCCUACCAUCGCUUCCCGAGAACAACAUCUCAGUACCUGUGCAGCAUGCGGGAUCAAAAGUGGAAGGUUGAAGAUGAGGUGCAUCCAGAUUUCCAUUCACCCCCAGAAGAAAAUGAAGAUCCUUAUAAUCUUGAUGAUGCUCCAGACAAUUUGGAUUAUGUUAUCAAGCUAAAAGGUGGCAUUCCCUUUGUUUAUGAUAACAAAGAGAUGAUGGAGCUCAAUGAGCCUCGGAGUUUGCCAUAUCCUGACCUGCAGACCUACACCCUUGACCUGAGCCACGUUCUUGCUCUCAUUGCAGAUGGCCCAACAAAAACAUAUUGUCAUCGGAGGCUUAACUUUUUGGAAUCUAAAUUUAGCUUACAUGAGAUGUUAAAUGAAAUGUCAGAAUUUAAAGAACUAAAGAGUAAUCCCCAUCGAGACUUUUAUAAUGUGAGAAAGGUGGACACUCAUAUCCAUGCUGCUGCCUGCAUGAACCAGAAGCACUUACUGAGGUUUAUUAAGCACACCUAUCAAACGGAGCCUGACAGGAUUGUUGCAGAGAAAAAAGGCAAGAAGAUGACUUUAAAGCAAGUCUUCGAAAGCCUUCACAUGGACCCCUAUGACCUCACUGUAGACUCUUUAGAUGUCCAUGCAGGACGUCAAACAUUUCAUCGAUUUGACAAAUUCAAUUCCAAGUACAAUCCAGUUGGUGCCAGUGAGCUGAGGGACUUGUAUUUGAAGACUGAGAACUAUAUUGGUGGUGAAUAUUUUGCUCGUAUGGUCAAGGAAGUAGCCCGUGAACUAGAAGAAAGUAAGUACCAGUACACAGAACCCCGCUUAUCUGUUUAUGGACGGUCUCCAGAUGAAUGGCUGAACUUGGCAAAAUGGUUCAUUAAGCAUAAAGUUUAUUCCCCUAAUAUGCGCUGGAUAAUUCAGGUUCCCAGAAUCUAUGACAUAUUUAGGUCUAAAAAUAUUCUGCCUAGUUUUGGGAAGAUGUUGGAGAACAUCUUUGUACCUUUGUUUGAAGCAACAAUCAAUCCCAAAGACCACAAAGAAUUGCACCUAUUCCUCAAAUAUGUGACUGGCUUUGACAGUGUUGAUGAUGAAUCCAAACACAGUGGCCAUAUGUUCUCUGACAAGAGCCUUAACCCUGACCUGUGGACCAGUGAGAAGAAUCCCCCAUAUAGCUAUUAUUUGUAUUAUAUGUAUGUGAACAUCAUGUUGCUAAACAACCUUAGGAGGGAAAGAGGCAUGUGCACUUUCCUGUUUCGACCUCACUGUGGAGAAGCUGGGUCUAUCACACACCUUGUUUCUGCCUUUCUGACAGCAGACAACAUCUCUCAUGGAUUGCUCCUGAAGAAGAGCCCUGUCCUCCAGUAUCUUUAUUAUCUUGCACAAAUACCCAUUGCUAUGUCCCCACUUAGUAACAACAGCCUAUUCCUGGAGUACUCAAAAAAUCCACUACGGGAAUUUCUCCAUAAGGGACUGCACAUCUCCCUCUCCACAGAUGAUCCUAUGCAGUUUCAUUAUACAAAGGAAGCUCUCAUGGAAGAAUAUGCUAUUGCAGCUCAGGUGUGGAAACUAAGUACCUGUGACUUGUGUGAAAUAGCAAGAAACAGCGUUCUACAGAGCGGAUUGUCAGAUAAGGAAAAACAGAAAUUCCUAGGGGUGAAUUAUUGCAAGGAAGGGCCUGAAGGAAAUGACAUUCGAAAGACAAAUGUUGCCCAGAUCCGGAUGGCCUUCAGGUACGAGACUCUGUGCAAUGAACUCAGCUUCCUGGCUGAUGCCAUGAGAACAGAAGAUAUUUCUACUCUGUCCAAGUAGUUACAAACUCAGAGAAACCAGAACAUGUCCCUCCUGAGCAGGAUAAAAUGCAAAUUGACAUCAAAUCAUCUGUCUUUGAUGCUACCAAGACAUAGCUGAACAGUACAAAGGGAGUGUCUGUGGAAGGUAAACAGCAUUUGCCAUCACCUGUUACUUCAUUAUUCUUGUUGCAAACAUUUUGGUUUCUACGAACAUUAGGCUUUUUAAGAUUGCUGUAAAUACUAAAUGCAAACUCAGAAUCAUGUACUAUUUGUUUCAUACUGUCUUAACUGUGCCCUGCAGUGUAGCCUGGGAAACCAGAGAGAAUAUCUGUAAUGCAUCUGUGCUAUGCACCUGAGGAUCCUGCAGAUGCUGACAGCACACGCCCACCUGGUUUGGUCCUGCAAGUCUCAGUACCAGUCAUGGCUUUUAACACUUUUAAGUUUAACCCUUUAUUCAUUAGCAGUUUCUAUGGGGUGCAGAAUUUUGAGGCUGCCCUUUUAUUCUGGAAGGUGUUCUGACACCGUUUUUAACUCAAUGUUUCAGCAGUUAUAUUGGAAAACAAGAAAAACCAACAUCGGGUAAUCUUGUUCAAUAACUAAUUAAUUCCUGUUGUUCUGUAGUGUGUCAGUGAAGAACAACAAACGAAUGCUUUUUAAUCUAGCAAGUGGAAAACAUGGUGUCAAAAUCGCUAUAAAACAUUGUAAUGAGUCUAAUUAUAUCAUGAAUAUUUUGCCUUGAAAGCUGAGAACACUUUUUUUAUUGCUUUGUAAUGGGAAUAUGUGGAUAUGCCCAUUCAAAUUACUUAGAAAUUUAUGCAGAUAAUUCUGGUUGCGUAUAAAGAGAAAUUUUUUACUUGAAAAAGGGAAGUGUUCUUAUGAAUCAGUGGUAGAAAUGCCAGACCUGAUUCUGGUCCUACUUCUGACAUAUUUUUACACAUUUGUUUUAGUCUGUAUUUUAGUCUACUACAGCUGAAUGGGAAGUCAAGCUGUCUAUUUAUACAGAAGCCAGCCCACUUGAAAUCUGUCAUUUCAAAUCAUGGUAUGUUAUGUUAAACUAUUUAUUUAGGAGGAAGUGGUUAGUACAAUACAGCUACUGGAGUAUUUAUCACUUUCAAUCUUCUUUGUAUUUCAUCAUCCUUAUGACACGGUACUACUCCUUCAGAGAGGAUUAAAGGUAAUAACAUAAUGGCAUCUUUGUAUUGUAGAAGCUGCACAGAGUUUCACACCAAAAAAGACUCGAGGCCAGGGGCAGCAGAGGGUGUGGAUGCCUGUGAGUCCAGCACUGCACUACUCAAUUCAAAGGCCUACAGUCCCUAAGGCAGGGUCUGAACCCAGGGUUAGAUCCCUGGCUCUCUUAAUAUCCUGCAUAGGGAUCCUGGGCUUCUUCAAACAGGCAUUCAGCAUUAAUGCAUAAAAAGAAAAUAACUGAUACUGGCCCAUCAAGUCUCACCUGACCUUGAACCCUGCAUGUUGUGCUCCAUCAGAUGUCUUGUGCCACUUGUAUUUCCUAGGCCAGGCCCUUCUCCUGGAGCUUGGGCACCUACAGCCUUCCUUUCAAGAGCUCUUCAGGUCUCACUUUCCCUUGCAAAUGCAGCCAAAAGUGGCAGUGGUGACACCACCAGUACCAAACAACCCAUUAAUGGCAUAAAUGUAUAGAGGCAUUGAAGACUCUCUCCUCAGGCUGUGGCAGUUUAAAGAGAUACCUACAAGGGCACUUUUUUUAAUGUUCCUGCUGUCCUGAAUGGAGAUUGCAAGGAAAUGGCACUAAAGUAGGGGAAGAAGGAAUUCCUUAUCACCUCCUACAGCUGUGCAGCCUUGCAAGAACCCCCCGAGAGAGAGAGCUAAACCUAAAGAUGUAGGAAGCAGCCUGGAAUUAAGGCUGCUCCAAGGGAAUUAAGGCACAAGAGGGAGAGUUCUGGCCAUCCACUCACCAUCACAGUUAGCCAGUGUCAUGCAGAGGGCGCUGCAGUGAUUGCAGAGGUUUUUCAUCCAAAACCAGGGCUGCAGGCAGGUGGUGAGAAUUUGACUUUAGCUCUUUAGUGCCCCAGCCAAAUAUCUGCUAUGUGCCAGAUUUUGUAUUCCUUGUACCCCUAAAAAUCAUGUGAGACCACGGUAUGCUGCCCAGCUGAACGAGAAUAAAAUUGUUCUGUGUCAGCAGCCCCUGUCAGCCUCACUGUUAGGAACUUUAGCAGCUCAUAGAAUGCAGUCUCAGAAUUGGUGUCAUUUGCUUAGGAGUCUGAAAAAGUGGUUUAAGCUGUUUAGCUGCCUCAAAUGCAAGUGUCUUGUUUCCAUCGGUACAACUUCCUAAUAAACUGUUACCAACAGUACACUGUUUGUGAUAAACAUCUGCAUCCAGGCUAAGUAAGCAACGUGCUUGGUAUGAAGAAUUUCAAUUGUAAGUAUUUCCAUCUGAUAAACCUUGCUUUACUUGGGUUGUUUCACCUGAAGGUCGCUAUUAGUGCUGCUUUUGUUGUCACUUACAUUUCUUAUUUAGUUUCCUUAAAAUUAUACCGAAUUUGUGUAUGUUUAGUACCUUUUCAGCUUUCCUUACCUCAGGUUCUAAUAGAUCUGUAGCUGUUAUUGAAAAAAAAACUGGAUUUGAAUAUUCAGUGAAUGGACAGUAAUUGGGAUUCUAACAAUAGCCACAGUAACACAUAAGUGGUCAUGACUACAAGUUCUGCUUUCUGUGCUUUCUUGUGUGCUGCUUUUAAGGGGAAAUUGGGCUUAUAGUAUUAUAUUUGGGGAAAUACUAACAGACAUCCUUUCAAGCUUCCACUACUACAUUUCUCCUGGUCAUCCUUUAAUUAGACAAAUGUUACUGAAUCCCAAGCUCAGUUCUUAAGCUUUGCCUUGUUUUCUUCUUUUUAAGUUGCACUUUUGUGCUCAUGUGAGGCUGUUCAGAGCAGCCUUGUGGGCUCAGGCUGUGGCUGGAAUGAAGAAGUAGAUCCAGCAUGAGUUACUGCUGUACACAGGGACACCAGUGCAGGACAGGGCAGUGGCUGAUCCCCCCAGCUGCGCUGAGGUCAAACCUGGUUAGAACACAGCUGGUUUGACUCAGGGCUUGGAAGAACAUCACUGCAGGUGGCUAUUGGGUAAGCACUGCUGCAGCAUGGAAGAAUAUUCUACUUUCUCUUGGCUUCAUUAGGAGACAGGUUCAAAUGUUAUUCAAGCCUUCCUUAAAUCUGUUGGUUAAAAAGCAUUUUAUACUUUCAAUGUGAAAUGAUUAAUUAUGGCUAUUUGAUGUUUACAACCCAUCUACCUGAACAAUUUCUGUUCUGUUACUUUAGCAAACUUAAGGCAUUUGCUCUGCUAGUGGAGAAUACAUUUUUUUUCACAGCCCAGAGCCACCUUACUGUCUCCUAUCAUUGUUCUUUAUGUGUGGCUAAACCUUUCUAUUCUCUUUGCCUAGUUAAAAUCCAAGUCUGAAAAGGUGUCUGUAGAAACUGCUUUUUCUUUCUGUGCCUGGGUUACAUGAUGUUUAUCUUUUGCCUCUUGUGGAAGCAUUAAACAUUACAUUAAUAAAUGAACUGUAAAAGAA